CUCCAGCGCGAGAGCAUCAUGUUAUCGAAAAUUGUGAUAUGCGCUGUGGUGGCCGCUGUGGCAUCACUGCCUCAAGGUUCACCAUCUAGAUCCUAUGGACUUCCCGGUGGAAGUUCAUCCGGCGGUUUCGGUGGAGUAGGAGGUGGACCUGGAAGUGGAGCUGGAGGCAGUGGAGGAUUCGGAGGUGGAGCUCCUGGUUCAGGCAGUGGAGGAUUCGGAGGUGGAGCUCCUGGUUCAGGCAGUGGAGGAUUCGGAGGUGGAGCAACGGGAGGAUUUGGGGGUGGGGCUCCUGGUUCCGGUAGUGGCGGCUUCGGCAGUGGAGCCACCGGAGGAUUUGGUGGUGGAGCUCCUGGCGCUGGAGCCACUGGAGGAUUCGGCGGUUCCUCGGGAGGCUUCGGUGCUGGAGCUGGAGCUUCAGGUCCUUUCAUUCCCAUCAUUACCGACGAACGCCAAGGUCCCGAUGAGUUCGGAAACUACAACUUCAACUUCGAAACUGCAAACGGCAUCAUUCGUCAGGAACAAGGAGCCCCACAAGGAGAAACUGGAGCCGUAGCACAGCAGGGUUCUUGGUCAUUCACCUUCCCUGAUGGCACGCCAGCUGACUUCAACUUCGUUGCUGAUGAAAACGGUUUCCGCGUGGAGUCCGACCUGCUGCCCACACCCCCUCCCCUCCCCGCCCACGCCAUCGCUCAGAUCGAGAAGGCUCGUCAGGAGGACGCCGCCGCUGCAGCUUCUGGUGGCCGGCCAGGCUCUGGCUCUGGACAGUUCUCUGGCUCAGGCUUUGGCGCCGGCCAAUCAGGCUUUGGUUCAGGACAGUUCUCGGGAUCUGGCCAAUCAGGCUUUGGUGCCGGUGCUGGCCAACCAGGAUUUGGUUCUUCUAGUGGCCAGUUUUCAGGAUCAGCUUCCUCACAACAAGGACCCAGCACUGCUUAUGGUUACCCCUAAACUGAACCACCAUAUUUAUGCAACAUAAAUUUUGCUGCCAUUUACUGAUCCAGCGUUAUCAUGAUCUCUUGCAUCAGCCGUCAUCUUAAUCACCUGUUAUUAUUAAAGUUAAGAUAUAAACAUGACGCUUACUAGUAUUGUAGAUACAUGGUUAUAUUAAAUAAGUACCUGUGC